UCUUAUUUCUUUCUUAACAUUUUGUUUUACCAGUGAUUCGUAAUAUUGUUGCAUGAACGUAACGAUCCUGUCCGUGAAUAAAAAAUUAGUAUAUUAAUCUUACGUGUGUAUCUAAUUAUACGGAAAUUUUACGUGUUACCCAUCCAGUAUUAUUCAUUCAUAUAUUCACUUAUAUAUAUAUAAAUAUAUACCAAGAAGAAAUAUGAGUUUGCAGUGGACACUGGUUGCCGCUUUCUUAUAUUUAGAAAUGAUAAUUGUAUUAUUGCUAGUAUUACCUAUACUAUCACCAACAAGAUGGCAGAAAUUUUUCAAAUCACGCUUUGCACAAAGUUUAAAUUAUCAGUCGUCAACUAUUUUCUAUAUCUUAAUUGCAAUAUUAAUUCUAUUUUGGGUGGAUUCUCUUAAAGAUAUGUACAAAUACUCUAGUGUUGGAAACCGUGCUGGAGAACAUUCUCAUUUAGACGCAGAAAUGCAAGGAAACAUGAAACUUUUCAGAGCGCAAAGAAACUGUUACAUAUCAGGGUUUUCAUUAUUUUUGGGUAUAGUUAUAUACCGUCUUGUAAAAUUAAUCUCUGCGCAAGCUACACUGUUAGCUCAAAGCGAAGCUGCUAUGAGACAAGCGCAAUCUGCUACAACUACAGCUAGAAGUUUACUUUCUCAGAAACCAAGUGGCGAAAGUGCUCAAAAUGAUUCUAAUGAAGCACACGAUAAAGCUGUUUCAGAAUUGAAAAAUCAAAUCAAAGAAUUACAAGCUAAGAAACUUGAACUUGAAACUGACCUAACAAGAGAGAAAAAAGAUAAAGAAGCUAUCAAAUCGCAAGCUGAUUCUUUAGCAAAAGAAUAUGAUCGUUUGAGUGAAGAACAUGCUAAAAGUUUACAAUCGAGUGGAGAUAAAAAAAGUGAUUAAGUUGUUGCCUUCCUUUUUUCUCGUUACCUCCAACGCCAAAGGCAUAUAAUUCAUUAUUUUUUACUUAAAUAUUUUUAAUAUUCUAUCCAAUUUCACGUUACAUUAUUUUUAAUAAUACUAAAACAAUUAUUAUAAUUUAUUUAUAUUGUUUACAAAAAUCCUGUAUAUACGUAUUAUUGCAAAUGUAAUAUGUAUCGCAAAUACAUUGUUAUAUUAAAUUUGGUUGUUUGCUUUAGGAAGUGAUCAACA